GAGUCAAAUGUGUAGAAAAGAAGAAGACAGAGAGGCCAACACUGACAGACUCAGACACCAGCAUGUAUUUGUAUCUGGUAGCAGCAGCUGUUUGGGUCUAUGUUCUGGUUUUUUACGGCCUAUUUAAAGGAACGAGAUGCUUGAGUCCCGCUUGGCUGAAGGGGAAGACUGUUGUUGUAACAGGAAGCAACACUGGCAUUGGGAAAAGUACCGCCCUGGAACUGGCAAAGAGAGGAGCUCGAGUGAUCCUGGCCUGUCGCAACAAGGAGAAGGCUGAGGCUGCAGCGUUUGACAUCCGCUCAGAGAGCGGGAACCCCCAGGUGGUGUUCAUGCAGCUUGAUCUGGCAAGUUUAAAGUCAGUUCGCAGUUUUGCUGAAACCUUUCUUAAGACUGAACCUAGACUGGACAUCCUCAUCAACAAUGCAGGUGUUCUAGGUCCUGGCUGCACUGAGGAGGGCUUCGACCUGGCCUUUGGGGUCAACCACCUGGGUCACUUCCUGCUGACCAACCUCCUGCUGGAGCGGCUCAGGCUCUGUGGCCCCAGCCGAGUCAUCACCGUGUCUGCUCUCCUGCACCGCAUCGGGAGCAUCGACUUCCAGGGGCUGGCUCUACGGACAGACGCGGUGCACCCCCAAUCUGCCUGGUCCAGCCUUCAGGCCUACUGUAACAGCAAACUGUGUAAUGUGCUCUUCACCAGGGAGUUGGCCAACCGGCUGGAAGGCACUGAUGUCACCUGUUACACCCUGCACCCAGGAGUAAUCUACACAGAACUGUGCCGUAAUCUGAGCCAGUGGCUGCAACUCCUCAUGAUGCCCUUAGCCAAGCUGUUCCUCCUGGACCCCAGCGGUGGAUGUCAAACCACCCUGUACUGCGCCCUCCAGGAGGGCAUCGAGCCGCUCAGUGGUCGAUACUUCUCCAGCUGUGCGCUGCAACAGGUUGGAGCCAACGGGCGAGAUGAUGGCCUGGCAAAGAAGCUUUGGGAAGUAAGUGAGAGGUUAACAGGCAUGGCCUGAAGCACCAGAGACUGCCUUAGAGCCAUUCACAACUCUUAUAAAGUCCAACUUGUGUCUGAAUUUUCAUGCACUUCUUUCGUUUGCUUUAAUAAAACCGAGGAUCCCUUGAAUGUUUUCUGUAAACCUAUCGCCUAAUGUCAUGUAUAAAGUCUGCAGAGUUUCAGUGAGCAGAUAAGAGAUCCUAUGAUGGCUGCUGUGGAUAAACAGCAUUUUUUGAA